AUGGCGGAGUGCGGUACCCACUACCGCACCCCUGUUGUUGCCGACGAGUGCUUGCGAACGGUGGAGGGUCAUCCUGGAUCCGGAAGGCUGGAGAACAUGCCGCCGGUGAUAAAAACUGACCCCCCUGCUCCCAGACCGGUGAGAGAGCGGGGUAUGAUUGGAGGCGUAUUGUGUGGCUUGCCGCUUGUCGUAUCGAUUGUGCGAAUGCAGCCACCAUUUGGUCCCCACCUCCCUGGCCCUUACCUCUUGCCUGGAAUGCUUCUGCUCGAGCGCAACACUCCCUUCUUAUCCGUCCUCCUCCUUGGACCUGCACAGCCUACACAGCACCUGUGA